CAAUCGCGCGAGGGAAUGGGGAGAAAGGGUGACGGCUCCGCCCUCUCGGCAGCAUAACAGAGCCCGGAGGAGUGCCCUGCCGAAGCCUCUUCUCGGGCUCUGCUGCCGUGCUCUUCUCCCGGGCCUAGCCAGCUUUCUGCUUCGGGGCGCCGAGGAGAAUGGCCCCGGCCAAACGAGGCAGGCGCAAGGCGUCGCCGACCUCCCAUUGCUUCGGCUAUGGCGGGGGGAACCACAUCGGCGGCGUGACUGCUCCUCCCCCGUCUCCGCCCCCUCCGGAAGAGGAGCAGAAGGGCCCGAGCGAGGAAGGGGAGUGCGAGCACAGCCCCCGCCGGCAAGGAGCCCCUGAGAAGGAUCCGAUCGGCGUCGCCUUCUUCCGCGGGCUGCUACGAUCGCUGGAGGGGCAGCAGCUUCCUGGAGGGGCCCCCGCGAUGAGGAAGGGAGGUGGCGGCUGCGGCAGGAGGGGGGCCAGAAGCGACCCCCAGAAGCAGGAAAAGGGGGACCGCUUAACCGAAAAGAUCUGCCAGUGGCGAGACGGGCUGCGCGCUACUCUGAAAGAAACAGCAAUCUUUGCAAGAGCAGAUAGCAAGAUAUGGCUAACUCUUAUAAUGGCUGCUGUUGCUGGAAUUCUUCAUUGGUACCAUAUAACAACUCUCUUUGAAAAUGACCGUCACUUUUCUCAUCUUUCAGCCCUAGAAAGGGAAAUGGCUUUUCGGAGUGAAAUGGGUCUUUAUUAUUCCUAUUACAAGACCAUCACUGAGGCACCAUCUUUUUGGAAUGGGCUAUGGAUGAUUAUGAAUGACAGGCUAACUGAAUAUCCUCUUGUGAUCAAUACUCUGAAAAGGUUUAAUCUCUAUCCAGAGGUUGUGCUAGCCAGUUGGUACCGCAUAUACACAGGAAUAAUGGAUGUUAUUGGUAUUCAGUCCAAGACAUGUUGGACAGUGAACAGAGGAGAAGGUCUGAGUCCCAUUGAAAGCUGUGAAGGAUUGGGAGAUCCUGCAUAUUUUUACGUGGCAAUGAUAUUUCUUCUGAACGGGUUAAUGGUAUCAGUGUUCUUUCUGUAUGGUACAUACCUAAGUGGGAGCAGAUUUGGAGGGUUACUUACAGUAGCAUGCUACUUUUUUAACCACGGAGAGAGUACUCGCGUGAUGUGGACUCCUCCUCUUCGUGAAAGUUUCUCAUAUCCAUUCCUUGUGGUUCAGAUGCUAUUACUAACCUACAUUCUCAGGACUCAGAAUGUUAAUAGAAGAAGCCUGAUUGCACUAUCUGUUUCUAAUGUUUUUUUCAUGCUUCCGUGGCAGUUUGCUCAGUUUGUUCUUCUAACACAGGUGGCAUCAAUUUUUGGUAUAUAUGUUGUAGGUUUCAUUGAUUCAUAUAAGCUACAGAAGAUACUUUAUGCACACAUGGCAUCACUUGCAAUAUGUUUUGUCCUGAUGUUUGGAAACUCUAUGUUGCUGACAUCCUAUUAUGCUGCCUUUUUGGUAGUUAUUUGGGGUGUUCUUGAGGUGGGUCCUAAAUAUCUGAAAACAUACACAAAUGGCUUUCCUUUAUUGGCCAUUGAAGGACUUUCUUGUUUCCUUGGGACAAUUAUUUUGAAGUCUUUGUUGUGUCUAAUAUUUGGAAUAUCAGAUGAUGCUCAUAUAAGCAACCUAUUAAAGGCAAAGCUUAUUGGUUAUAGAGAUUUUGAUACGUCCAUAUACACCUGUGCUGUGGAAUUUGAUUUCAUGGAGAAAGAGACUCCAGGAAAGUAUAUGAAGACAUUACUGCUUCCAGUAGUUCUUAUCGUAUUUGUAGUAAUUGCCGUGAAGGUUUUUCAAUAUAUUGUGUACUCCAAAAAAUUCAUUGAAAGACAGGAAAAUCCUUUUAAUCAUGGAGAGAUAGUAUAUCAUGCACUGCAGCUUAUUUUCUUUGCGAUUCUUGCUAUUUUAAUUAUGCGAUUAAAGUUGUUUCUAACACCUCAUAUGUGCAUUAUGACGUCCUUGAUAUGUUCAAAGCAGCUGUUUGGAUGGGUCUUUAGCAAAGUCCAGCCUGGAACACUUGUCCUUGCCAUUUUAGCAAUGAUGGCAUUUGAAGGAAUAGCAAACCUUGAAAAAGAACGGAAUAUUGUUGGAGAAUUCAGCAACUUUCCACAAGAAGAACUGUUGUUGUGGAUAAAAGCAAACACAAAACAAGAUGCUGCUUUUGCAGGUGCAAUGCCUACAAUGGCAAGUGUAAAAUUAUCUGCACUUCGACCUGUCGUAAAUCAUCCACAUUAUGAAGACGCGGGUUUGCGGGCAAGAACAAAAAUAGUUUAUUCUAUGUACAGUCGAAAGCCAGCAAAUGAAGUUAAAAGAGAAUUGCUAAAGUUGGGAGUAAAUUAUUACAUCUUGGAAGAAUACUGGUGCUUGAAGAGAACUAAGCCUGGCUGCAGCAUUCCAGAAAUUUGGGAUAUAGAAGACAUUAACAACGUUGGAAAAAUCCCCUUAUGCAGCAUCAUAAGCAAAGAUUCCAGGCCAUAUUUCAGAACAGUGUUCAACAAUGAAUUAUUCAAAAUAUUAGAAGUUACCAAGGAAUGACAGUAUUUGUUUAUAAACUGGGAAUUGUUUAAAGCUCUGUGAACUUCUUGUUCAUAUAUUAAAAAUUAAAUAUUUUUAUUGUUUAACUGUUUAAUAGUUUUAUAUUGUUCUAAAUGUUUUGUAAACCGCCUUGGGAUUCUUUUAAUGAAAGGCAGUAUAAAAAAUAUAACAAUAAAUUAAUUACAAUUAAUGACCA